AUGACCCAACGGCCAACAACAAGAAGAAGAUCACCAAGAAUUACGAGGCGGUCUUCUUCUUCGUCUUGUGCCAGUGGUGUUUUGUCGACAGAGGCCCAAGCUCAAAGUGCUACUGUAACAUUACCAGCAAUGACAGCAGCUGCAACAACAACAACAGGCUCACAAGAUACAAUACGUCAAUAUGCUGAUACAAUAAGAAACUAUCCAUCACAAUUAUUUGUUGCAACAACAACAACAACAACAGUACCACAAUUUACACCAACAACAAUAGUACCAAUAACAACACAAUUAAUUUCACCAACAUCAACAAUAUCAGCAUCACAAUAUAUGCCACCAAUUGUGCCAUUGACGAUGUCAACAACAAUAACAACAUCACCAAUACCAACUGCAGGCACAACUGUCACACUAACCACUACUACAGUGACUGUGACAUCCUGCAGUGGCUCCAUUGUAUCGUCCAGACCAUCUGUACUGCCAAGUCAACCACCACCAGUGCCAAUUGAGCCAAGAGUGGUUAUUGCAACUCCAAUUGUUAGUAAAUGCUGGAAGCAUCAUCACCAAGAAGUCUUGUUGAUCUAA